GGAGUGUUACAGUCGCCCUUCUAGACGCCAAAACUGAAUAAGCCGUACAAAAUGGCUUCGCUAGUUGAUGACGAUGAUGCUUGGCUAUACGGCGAUUCAAACGAAGAGAAAAAGGCAGAACUAGAAAGAAUUAACGAACGCUUAAACGAGGAUACUAAUGGCGAACCUCCGAGCGAAUUCAUUCCAGAAGAAGUCACAACAAAGGCAAUUGAUCCUAUUUCAGAAGAAGAUAAGGAAGCAGGUGAAUUAAGUGGUGAAGAAGAAAAUAAAGAAAUAAAUAAUCAAAUCGAGCAUGGUUCUGAAGAAACUGAUUCCGACGAUGACGACGACGAUGCUGUACAGGUUACAAUUGGUGAUAUCAAACCACCACCUUAUGGUUACAGUGGUACUCCUGUUAAUCUUAAUAUUAAAAGAGGUACCUUUGGAAGCACCACCACUACAGGACCAUCUACCAAAACAAAAGGUAUCGACAUGGAUUCGGUUGGAUCUAUCAACGGUGUUCCUGUAUAUGAAUUUAAUUUGGAUACACUAGAAGAUAAACCAUGGCGUAAACCUGGAGCCGAUAUCACAGAUUACUUUAACUAUGGCUUUAAUGAAGAAACAUGGAAAGUAUAUUGUGAAAGGCAGAGGAAAUUACGAAUUGAUAACAACGUAGUAAGUAAGACUCAACCUGCUACUGGAAAAGAUCAACAAAUUCCAGUUGCAACGGUUAAUGAAAACAGUAAAUAUUCAGGUUUAGGAGGACUUACAAAAAAAGCAGGUCCGCCACCUGGGAGAAAAAUGUCAGGUAGCAUUGAUGUCAUUGGAGGUGGAACACCGUCAUUGCCUAGUCGCAGACCUGCAAACAGUCCAAGAGAAAAUGUCAUUCAGGUUAUUGGAAGAAAAGGUACAGCGUUUGAGCCACUUCCAGGAAUGCCACCUCUACAUUUACCUCCUCCUCACAUGCCUCCACCUUUUCUACUUCCUCCACCUGAACAUAAUAUAAAUAUAGCACCACCUGGACCAGUUCCACCACCUGGUUUACCCCCACCAAAUAUUCAAGCUACUCCGUCGGGAAAUAUGGGAAAUCAAGAUGGAAAUUUCCAAGAUUCUUUCGAUUCGUUUAAUCAAGCUUGUUACGUGCCGUCUCAUUCUGUUCCUGGUAAUGAUCGACAAGCACAUUUUGACGAAAUGGCUGGUUUCUACAAUGGAAAUCAGUCGUCUCAUAAUCAAUUUGACAUGCCCUCGGAAUCUACUCAACAAAGUUGGGGGAAUUCCCCACGUGAUAGAGAGAGGUCGAGAGAACAUGAUCGCGAAAGGGAUCGAGAACACGAAGAACGAGACAGAGAACGUGAUAGGAACCAUAAUCGUAGCGGAUACGCACAGUGGGAUUAUUCCAGGGAUCGUUCUUCUGGUCGUUCUCCGGCAGUGGAGGAAGAGCAUGACAGAAGAAGGUACCGCGAAUAUCACGAUCGCCCACGCGAGAGAGAGAGGGAUCAUAAUUGGGAACGCGACAGAGAAAGAGACGAACGAUACGAGCGAGACAGGGAUCGAGAAAGAAGACACAGGGAUCAUCACAGAGACAGAGAAGAACGUUACAGAGAUAGAUCCUCGAGACGAAGACAUCAACACGAAGAGGAAGAACACGAGCAUCGCUCUUCUCGUCACAAACACAAACGAUCCAAACGAGAAAAAGAAGAAGAAAACGGUGGAGGAGAAUCGCAGGAAGCAGAAGCGACAAGUUCUGCAGGAGGAGGAAAAUCGAGCGGAACGGCAGCCGAGGGGGAAGAGAAAAGUUCGUGAUGUACAUAGCCAUCAUCAAUUUGCAUCAUUGUUCAUACAACACUUUUGUCAAGAUCAACUUUACUUGUCAUGCAUACAAAUAUUUGAGCUACUGUAACACUCACUAUUAAAAUAAUUUUAUAUAAUUUUCAGUUUAUAUAGUAAUUUGUAAUUGUUCUGAAACAAAAUAAAAUGAUGUAGAAUGUUUGACUCGAUAA